AUGUGUCGUCGUGUUACUUGUCCUGAAUGCAAGAAAUAUACUUGGGCUGGUUGUGGCCAACAUAUCGAUCAAGCUUUAGCUGGUUUAAAGGAUGAAGAAAUCUGCAAGUGUAAAGAAACCAAACAUACUGAACACAUUCCCACACUUGUCAAAUUGAAUGAAUAAAGAAAAAAUAUAG